CUUGAUGUUUCAUGUCUCAGUCAGUGGCAGUGCCAUCUGAAUCUGAAUUAAUGAAUUUCAUCUCAUUCUAAAACCACAAAUGUUUUAUCAUCACUCUCCCAAACCCUAAGAAUUUACCCAUCUCCAUUUUAGUUGUUGAACAUCUCCUAACAUAUCAUGGGAACUUCAACAACUCCCAUUUCUCCCUUCCUCCUCCUCACUCACGCCCCUUCUUUCUGCCAUGGCGCUCAUCGUAGAACUUCUCCAAUCACUCUUAUUUCUCAUUACACUCUCAGAAAACCCACCAUCCGCUUCUCUUCCGCCAUUGCUGAGAACACUUCCCAUCUUUGUUGGGUUGAUCCUCCUAUCGAUGAUUUUGGGGGUUGGCAACUUCCUCUUGCUCCAAUUCCCCAGAAAAAGAGAGGGUUUCCAACAUUUUUGGUUGUUGGAAUUGGAACUUCUUUCGCUCUGCUUCUCGCUGCGUUUGCUCAUUUCAGGCUUUCAAAAACUGAAUUCAGAUUCCCGUUUACUAGUUCAUCAUCUGGUUCUUCAGUAGAAAUUGCUGUUGAAGUCACUGACGAUAAAAUUAGUGAUUCUGAUGUACCUGAUGUCGCAAAUGAAGUUGCAGAGAAGUCUGAGGUGGAUUCUUCUGAUGUGGUUGCAAAACCUCCGUCAUCAGAAAUGCUCCAUCCUCGUGUCAUUAAUGUUAUUGUGGAUUCCAAUCAGCUAGAAGCUAUGCAUUUGUUAAAAAAAUUAAAGAUUUUAGAUGAGAAUGUUGAGGCUUAUGAGCUCUGCACGCGAAGAGAAUAUGCAAGAUGGUUGGUCCGGGCAAGUUCUUUGUUGGGAAGGAGCCCAAAAUUUAAGAUUACUGCAUCGGCUGCUCUCUCUGGGUCUAUACUCUCUGCCUAUGAAGAUGUGACUGCUGACGACCCAGAUUUCGAGUCCAUUCAGGCCCUGGCAGAAGCUGGUGUUGUGCCCAGUAAACUAUCGCCUGCACCUGAAUUUUGUGGAUACGUGAAUUUUUCUCCUGAAAGAUUAUUAUCUCGGCAAGAUCUUAUAGAGUGGAGAUCCCAAUUGGAAUAUUAUUUUCCCACCACAGGAAAUCAAGAGAUACUGAAAACAAAAUUGGACCUAAUGGAUAUGAGGGAGAUAAGGCCACAUGAAUUACCAGGAAUUUAUAUGGACAUGCUUGCUGGGGAUAGAAGCCUGCUUAGAAGAGUUUUUGGACAAAUUAGGCGACUCCAACCAAACAAACCGUCAACAAUAGCACAAGCUGCUGUUGCACUCACUAGUGGCCACAUGGCAGAGGCCAUUCAGAAUGAACUGUUAAGAAUUCAAGGUGAGGAAUCUUCCCAGAAGGCAGCAAAAGAAGAAAUUAGGUGGGAAUUAUUAGAUCGAGGGGCGAUAGAGAGUUACUGGACUGAGAAGAUGGAAGAGGAGAAAAAACAUGGACUUGAGGUGCAGCAGUCAUAUGUAGAUGCCCUCAAUGUGUUGGAACAAGAGAAGAUUAUUCAACAGGAUGCUUUAAAUGGGUUUGUAAAGGAGAAAGCUGCAAUGGACUGCCAGAAGCAACUUCUAGAAGUUUUAAAGCAGGAAAUAGAUGAAAUAUCUGUGAGGCUAGUAUCCGAGAGAAAUGAACAAAUCUCUGAGGAUGAAGCAGCUCAAACUCUUCGUUCUGAUCUGCAAACCAAGAAGGAAGGAAUACUUGAUGCCAAGUCUCUGCUUGAGGCUGAGAUUGAAGCUCUUCGAAUCUUGAGAUCUUGGAUUGAAGAUGAAGCAAGGAAAAGCCAAGCGCGGUCGAAGGUUCUUGAGGAGGUGGGGCGACGAUGGAAAUGGGAUAGAUGAUAGUGCUUUAGGAGUUGGGACAAAGAAUUAUUUUUGUUGCUUGAGUACACAAAGUCAUAGGGACCAUGUACAUUUGUGGUUAGACUAGGGUUGUGUUCCUCUGCCUUCGGUAGCAGUCAUGCACAACAACCAAAUUGGAACAAUGUCACUUGAUUUUGGCAGUCUACUCUGUAAUUUAUAUAUAUGUUGACGGUAAAGCAAUUAUGCACGAGUUAUCAUGAUGAAAAAAUUAUUUCUCUUAAA